UUUCUCUUUUAUUUCGAGACCGAAAGUGGAGGAGAUUCGUGGCGGGGCAGAAAGGCGGCCGGGAUCUUGCUCUCGGGAUCCUUCUCGGGCAAACGGAGGGGAUCUGCUAACUCUUCGGAGGGUCCCAGCCACCUCCAGAGGAUCUUCUAUAUUUAGUGUGUGGUUUGUUUUUUUUCCGGCGUACAAAAUCGUCCCUUUUCCUUUUUUUGCAAUUUAAUCACGCGGGCUAAAAAGGAGAGCAAAUCGUUCCAGGCCGAAGAAUUGCAAGCCGGGGAGGAGGAAAUAGGGCACCGAUGCCAUGGCGGACGACAGCGGCCUGCUGGCAAAGAUCAUGGAAAACGGGAGCGAAAUUUUGGAGGGUGACGUGCAGGGCGACUGCACCCUGCUGCUGAAGCUGAAAAGCACCAUCUCAAAGCCUGUCCAGACAAAAGUCGACUCCAUCUUGCAAGAUGUCCAGAAGUUUUCAGAUUAUGCCAAACUUUACCUGUACCUUCAGCUGCCUUCGGGGCCGAGCUCAGGAGAAAAAAGUUUGGACCUCACUUCUCUCAAUUCAGCAGAGCAGAUGCACGCCUGUACCUGGAUUCGGAACCACCUGGAGGAGUAUCUCGACACCUGCUUGCCAAAACAAGACGUGUACGAUGCUUACAAGCGCUAUUGCGACAACCUGUGCUGCCGCUCCCUGAGCGCGGCGAAUUUUGGCAAGAUCAUCCGGGAGAUCUUUCCCAACAUCAAAGCGAGAAGAUUGGGUGGACGCGGGCAAUCCAAAUAUUGCUAUAGUGGGAUCCGUCGCAAAACGGUGGUCAACAUGCCUCCCCUGCCCAGCCUGGACCUGAAAGACCCCGAGACCCUGGAGAGAACAGAGGCCACCCACCCGUACAACGACAAGGUGGUGGAGGCGGCCUGCGCCCUGACUUGCAACUGGGCCCAGAAGAUCCUCAAGCGCUCCUUCGACAGCAUCGUGGAGGUGGCCCAGUACCUCCUGCAGCAGCACCUCAUCAGCUCCCGCUCGGCCCACGCCGACCUGGUCAUGGCCACCCUGGUCACAGAACACACCGAGAGUUCAUGGGGCAAGCGUCCUCCCCCAAAGAAAAGCGAGCCGGAAGCCGCGGAAAAUGCUGCCAAAGCGCAGCCUCAGGCUAAACCAGACAACGCACCCAAGCCCUCGGCCCCCUCCCCACGGAGCGAAGCCAAGAAGCAGGCAGAGGUUCCUCCCAAGAAGGCCAGCAGCCCGCAGGUCAACGCCUUGGUGGCCCGUCUGCCUUUGCUGCUCCCCCGUGUGCAGGUCCAGCCCAGGGACCACUUGGUGGUGUCUCCCGGGACAGCGGCUGUCCACUCUCCCCACACCAUCCUGGCUCCUAAGCUUACCCCCACCCACCAGGUGGCGGGAACGGUCAAGAUGGCGCUCUCCGUGGGGGCACCCCCCUCCACUUUGCUAGCCUCGGCUGUGAAUGGACCCGCCAGCUUGGUCAGCCAGCCGGCCGCCGUGCCAGUUAUCAACAUGGUGCCAGUUAUAAACGUGGCGGUCCCACCCGUAGCCGAGAACCGGCCGAAGCCCAAAAGUGUCUCCAGUGGGGCCAGCGGAACGUCCAGUGCUGCUGAAGCUGAGCGGAGCCAGGGUGAGCCGCAGAAAGUCAAGAGCCCCACCAAGCGGCCGGCGGACCGACUCAAGGAGGUGACCGCGAAGAAGAAGCGUGGCCGGCCACGGAAGAAGCCGGAUGAGCCUCCCGUGGUGGAGAGCAGCAUCCUGAGAAAAGAGCUGUCUAAAAGCAAGGAGGAUUCAGACUCCGUUGUGGUGCCGGCAGCUAGCAAAGAACCCCCGGCCGCUCCAAAUUCUCCCCCCCAGGACUUUCCAAAAGAGAGUUCCCAAGCAGAGCCCCCCCUGGGAUUGGAGGUCAAGACACCGGCCCCCACGCAGCCGACACCGGCCCCCACGCAGCCGACACCGGCCCCCACGCAGCCGACACCGGCCCCCACGCAGCCAACACCGGCCCCCACGCAGCCGACACCGGCCCCCACACAGCCGACACCAGCCCCCACGCAGCCGAGAGAGGAAAGGCCACUCGAGGCCAGGCACCGCAUUGUGGUUCCUCCCAGGAGGAUCUUGCCUUACCACCUCAGCGUCAUCCGAACCACAAAGCCCCGUCCUUUCAUGCCGACGCCCAUCAGAUGGGCUCCCCGGGAGUCCCCGCCACUGGAACAGCCGGAGAUGUACAGCUAUGAACCUGACAUGCAGCCCACGGAUCUUUCUAUGAAAUCUCGUCCGCCGCUGUCCAGGGACUGUCCAACAACCUCGAGCUCGUGGGCGCCCGCGGGACGUUUGCAGCGGAUUGGCACGGACCGUGAAAAGUCGGCGGAGGCCGCGGGCAGCUCGGACGCCACAAGAUUAGGCCACAGAUGAUCCCCCUCCCCAUUCUGCUUCCCUUCACAGUACUCCCAAAGACCAACCCGACCCACGUGCGGAAAGGAAAUCCGGGAGAGCAUGAGCCGGCACGGCGCUUUCACCCAAACUCAUUUGAACAUUGAUGCUUCUCUUUCCCAAAGGUGGGAAAUGCAAACGGGGAGGGGGGGGGGCUUUCAGACAGGGGCCGGUCUGCGAAAGUCAAGAUAUUGAGAAGGAAAAGAGCUGCUCGAGGCAGAACGAAGAGAAAUGUCCAUUCUUCGAUGUUGACACUUGGGGGUUAUGUUUCACCUGGGAGGGGGCUGGUGGGGGAGGGAUGGGUGCUGUGGCAUUGCGUGUGGAAACCCUGUGGACGCCAGCAGCCUUUUGUCUUUCAGAGACAAUCAUUUCACAGCCAACUUCCCAAAGAUUUUGCUCUCCUCGGGCUUUGCGUCGCUUUCAAGCUGAAGUUUGAAAAAAAAGGGCACCACCGUCCCAUUUCACGCUCAAUUUUGUUUGGAAAUCUUUGCUUGCCUUCUUCCUCUCUCCCUCUCCCUUCUCCAUUCAUGGCUUUGUCUGUAAAUCCUGAAUAAAGUUAAACAGAGGGUUUUUGUUUUCUUUAAAAAAAAAAA